AUGAAGAUCAAUGCAACUUCAGUAAGUAAAAUGGAUGACCUCUCUAAUGUGAGCCAAAAGGGAACACACCAGAAACUUUCUAAAGUUUCUAUUCCCCUUGCCAAAGAUUUUGGCCAAAGCAAACCCAUGAAUGAUUUGAAAUCUCCCUCUUCUACUCCCAUCAAGUCAGGAGCUGGCAAAGGUCCAUCCAAGGAGGCCAAAUCAGGCCACCAACCUAAGAUGAAGACCCCCUCCUCCUCUGCCGCUAAAGACCAGAGGUUCAAUAACAUUGGCCUCCCAGAGAAAGGGAUUAGUAAUGGAAGGAAAAUAGAAUUUGUCUCCGCCAAGGCGGAUGUGAAUUCUGUGCAAGAACAUACGCAACAUCCUUAUGCAAACUCCACUGCAGGAACUUCAGGGGAUGUGGUGGCAGCCAUGGCCGUCGAGAAUUGGUAA